ACGCGCAAACACAACAGGACACACUGGAGACCACACCGCCGUGCACGAACCGCUCCCGGAGACCAACUCUGGCUACAAAGACCUUACGGAUUACUCGGUUUGCUUCAGCCUCAUGACCGCGAGCGAACGACCAGAAGCGGCCAUGGAUUUUUUCAACCACAACUACUUGAAUGCGCGCGGCCCGUAUGACUAUACUUUUAAUUUCUGGAACGACUACCUUGGCCUGACGACGUUGGUGACGAAGAACAACAAGCUCAGCAUGCCCCAGAACCCGAACUCCAUCACAGAGUCCCUUAAAGCCACCCUGGGGCUGGACGACUCCCCGCCGUGUCCGUGCGUAAUCGCGGGCGGCGUUGGGGAGAGCGGUCACCUGGACUGCUGCUGCCCGUCCGGGAGCCCCCCGCCGGCCUCCAUCCUGGAGCUGAAGGAGCGCUUCUCGAUCCUCAGCCCCUUCCAGAACCAGCUCGGCGCGCAGCUGCCGGAGCGGGACGCGGGCUUCGGCGGGAGCUUCGCCGGGUUCGACCUGUUCGGCAUGGAGAGGAAGAUGCGCAAGCCCGCCUCCAGGGGCAAGCAGGAGCCCAAAAUCUGCGUCUUCUGCCGAAAUAACGGCGCGCCCGAGGAGGUGUACGGCUCUCACGUCCUGAAGACCCCGGACGGCCGGGUCGUGUGCCCGAUCCUCCGGGCCUACACCUGCCCCCUGUGCAGCGCCAACGGGGACAAUGCGCACACGAUCAAAUACUGUCCACUGUCAAAAGACCAGCCAUCCCAGCGACCGUUAAAGGGAGGGAGGGCUGUGGGUGGUAAGAGGAUGAAAAUAUUCUAAACAAGCAUGACUAUAAAGUAAAUUGAAUUGCACUGAACUAUUUUCCAGAUGACUGUUUUGAGUUCGGCUUUAGCCCUUAUCCCAGUUUCAUAAACAUAUUGAUUUUAUCCUUUUAUUUCUCUAAGAUCUCUUAUAUUUUUAUAGUUCCUUUAUCCACAUAGAACAAUUUUAUGCUUUAUACAUUGGAUUUAUUUUUCUCGCUAGUUUAUAGUCAUUUGAGCGUGUGCAUAUAAAUACAUGUAUCAAUAAUCACAAAGUGUGAAGAGAAGUAUUUUGGUCGUCGACAUUGGCAAAAGGGGACGAAUGUCACAUUUCUACCAAGUAUUUUUGUACGGUGAGCUAUAAGCUCGCUGUGAUCUUUUCUUUCUCGUCUUAGAAAACCAAAGUUAUGUUUGCCAUUAAAGAAGCUUAAGAAUGUGUCAUUGACGAGUGCUCAUGUGUGUCUGACUGGAGGAGGAACUCUUUGGUCCCAUCUGCUUGCCUGCCAAAAAAAAAAAAAAAAAAAAAAAAGAAGAAAAAAACCUCCACAACAUAUUUUCCAACUUGCUUUCAAAGUUGACAUUCAAUCUGCGAGGCAGGAAGAAAAAAAAGAAAGAAAGAAGAAGAAGAAACAAUGUGGCCUCUGUUUAGGGCUCAUGUUCUCUGGAGGACAUUAGAAUCAUUUGUUGCCAAGCCAAACGUUUACUCCAACCCUCCGACGUCUUCUGGCUUCACGCGGAGUCAGAAACCAGAGGUCUAGCCUGCGUUCCUUUAUGUUUACAUUCCCCAUCGAGGGCGACACACUGGAUUCCCUUUGCUCCGGCAGGCCUCGCUUUCUCUACGUGCUGUUUUCUGUUUGUCUUGGUUCGGUCUUGUCACUCGGAGCGCGGGGCGGGGGGGGGGAGGGGGGAGGGGGGGGGGUGACAAAGAGCAAAUGAAUGUUAGCAAACAACAACAACAUGUUAUCCCGAUAUUUCUUUUCCUGACGAACACACCCCCCCCCCCCCC